AUGCUGCUGGACUUGAAAUCAAGUAGCCUCCCUGCCUUGGCUGUUUGGGAGGCCCUGAGUUGCGUGCCAGCUUCUGAGAUCCUGAUCUCCUUCGCGCUAUGGUGGAUGCUCUACCUUGGCAGCAAGCUUGCACUCAGGAAUUUCCCAGUGUAUGUCUCCUGGGAUGCGGUGACCCAAUACAAAGCAAGAGGGCUCGUGCCAUCUACAGUCUUCCUCCUCUUGAUCGUUCCUUCUUCGAUCUGGGCGAUCGCCUACGAUGAUGAGCUCAAGCACAUGCGCGUGACGGGGAAGACGGAGCUGUCGAACUCGAUCAUUGCGGUGGCGGCUGGCUACUUCAUGUACGACAGUCUCAUCGUGUUCUGGCACCUGAAGCAUGAUGGGGUCGCGUACCUGGUCCACGGAGUCCUCUGCAUGUUCACUUACCUCAUCGCUGUCAUGUACCAAGUUUAUCAGUUCUACGGGCCUGUCUUCCUCUUGUUUGAAUCCACCACUCUGUUUGUCAACGCCCGAUGGCUGCUCUACGAGUUGAAGAUGACAAGCACGAGCCUCUACUUCUACAAUGGUCUUGCUCUCCUGCUCUCCUGGAUUUUCGUGAGGCUCGUCUUCGGAUACACCUACUCCUACUUCUUCUGGAUGGACACGCUCGACGCUCACAGCAAGAAGAAUCUUGACUUCUUCAUUAUCCUCUGGUACACGACAGCCAACAUCGGGCUCAAUUUCCUCAACACCAUCUGGUUCUUCAAGAUUCUCAGGGGAGCUCUACGGGCCCUUCGGGGCAAGAAGGCUUGA